GUAACGAGCAAUAGAAGAAGCAAGGAAGCUUUUCCGGUACUGGGGAAAACUGAUGCACUGUUUGUUUUGUGGAAUCUGUACUGACAGAAGUGGUGUUUUUCAUAUGGUAAACAAGAUACGAUUGCUAUUCGAAUAGAAACACAUGACAUUGAGAACCAUGGACGCAACUGGGCCUGUCACCUUUUCCCAGGUCUUUGGUCAGCAGUGUGAAGUUAUGGAAGCAGCGGUGAAGUCACUGCACACAUUGAAUGACCAGAUUUCACAUUUUAUUGUGCCAACACCAUCACCACUGGAAGACGAUGGAGAUGGCUUUCAUCCAGCUGAAAAGGACUCGCUGAAGAAAUCUAUGACUAUGAUGAGACAGCUUUUAGUUGAAGCACAGGCCAAAAUCCUGCAAAUGAUGGAAGAUAACAAGCAGCUGGCCCUUAGGAUAGAUGGGGCCAUUCAGUCUGCCAGCCAGGAGGUGAGCAACCUGCGCUCUGAGCUGACAGCCACCAACAGGAGACUGGCUGAGCUGAACAGCACUGAUCCUUCAGUCAUGGAAAACAACCAGCACAACACACAAGGUCUGGAGUAUGGCAAAAUGAAGCUGAGCAGAUCUGGUACCCUGCAAAUGCAAGAAAAGUACACAAAUGGUUUGCUGCUAAGAGAAGAGGUGUCACAGCUACAAGAUGAGGUUCACUUGCUUCGUCAAAUGAAGGAAAUGUUGGCAAAAGAUCUAGAGGAGUCCCGGGACAGCAGGUCGGCUGAGGUCCUUUCUACUACAGAGUUGAAAGUGCAGCUUGCGCAGAAAGAGCAGGAGCUAGCGCGAGCAAAAGAAGCACUUCAGGCCAUGAAAGCUGAUCGAAAGCGUUUAAAGUCUGAAAAAACAGACCUGGUAAGCCAGAUGGAACAGCUUUACUCUACCCUGGAGAGCCGGGAGGAGCAACUACGUGACUUCAUCCGGAAUUAUGAACAGCAUCGAAAGGAGAGUGAAGAUGCAGUAAAGGUUUUAGCAAAAGAGAAAGAUCUUUUAGAACGAGAGAAAUGGGAGCUUCGGCGCCAAGCCAAGGAGGCAACAGACCAUGCGACUGCUCUUCGGUCACAGUUGGAUUUAAAGGACAACAGAAUCAAAGAGCUUGAAGCUGAACUUGCAAUGAUAACAAGGUGUGUUGCCCAGAGAAAGGAAUAUCGUGUUUUUGAUCACCCCUAUGAGAAGGAGCCCUCAUCAAGAGGGAUAUCGGCCAAGCAGUCCUUAGCGACACUGACUAAGGAUGUCCCGAAACGCCAUUCACUAGCGAUGCCGGGAGAGACAGUGUUAAAUGGAAACCAGGAGUGGGUCAUGCACGCUGACCUUCCACUUACUGCAGCCAUCCGACAAAGCCAGCAAACGUUGUACCAUGCGCAUUCACAGCAUACCGCAGAUCGGCAAGCUGUCAGAGUUAGCCCAUGUCAUUCCCGACAGCCCUCUAUAAUAUCUGAUGCAUCGGCAGCAGAAGGAGACAGGUCUUCAACGCCAAGCGACAUCAACUCUCCGAGGCAUCGAACGCAUUCCCUCUGCAAUUCUUUAGAAGAUCUCGAAGACCAAAAGAGGAAGAAGAAAAAAGAGAAGAUGGGCUUUGGUUCAAUUUCAAGGGUUUUUGCAAGGGGAAAGCAGCGGAAAUCUUUAGAUCCUGGCCUUUUUGAUGGUACCACUCCUGACUAUUACAUUGAAGAGGAUGCAGAUUGGUGACCAGCUGCAUUACCUAUUUGUUCUGUAUGUGUAUACGUGAAAGGGUGUAUGUGCCUGUUUACCAAGUUUUGAGACAAAAGUGAGCCUUUUUUUAACUUUUUUUUUUGCAUCGCUAAUUCUGUAAUUGCUGUAAAUACUAGAAAGAAAUGUGUGUAAACAUGUCAGUUGUUGUCUUUAUAGCGAUGCAGUUGUAAACUUUUUGUUUGUCUUUUAAUGAAUAAAAAUGUUGGGGAAGGGUGGGGGAUAAUUUUAAUAUUUUUUUAAAUUUUGUUUUUGUAUUUAACUUUUUCUUUCUUUUUUGUUUUUGUUUUACUUUAUGAAAACUUGAAAAACUGCUGUGUAUUUGUAAAUAACAAAACUGUGCACUUUGUGCUUGUAGCGUCUCUCGUCAGAAAGCUGUUUUCUUGAGCCCAUGGUGUAAUGCAUUCUGUAUUUGAUAUGUUUUAAGUGACAUUAUCCUGUUCAAGGGGUGUGCCAGCGCUUUGUAAAAAGAAAAGAAAAAAAAAUACGGAAUCUUUAUUCAGAAAGUUAAAUACACUUUCCUGGAUGAAGUAUUAAUCUUUAAUGCCUGCCAGACAGAAAGUUUUUUUUUUUGUUUUUUGUUUUUUUUCCUUCAUAUAUUUUUUAAUUUAUUUGCAUAAAUGCACAACGUUGUUAUAUCUAAAUUAUAAAGUAAAUGUUGAAGUUAUAUUUUUCCUAACGGAUGAAGGGUAUGUUUAUAUCUUAUGUUCUCUACGGCUGCUGUCUCCCCUCAAUAUAUAUAUACAUAUUGUGUAUAUGUGUAUAUAUACACACAUACAUAUAUAUGUGGGCCCAGACAACACAACAUUAUGCAGAGUAACCAAAACCACAUUUAGUAAUUUAAAGAAUUUCAAUAUUUGCUUAGUGAUGUCUUCCAAUAUCCAACUUAUACCAUAUCCGCAGUAUUUAUACCAUAGUAACUUAUGGAUGUGGAUUCUGAUAAAUCUAAAUGCUUACAAAUGCAUAUUGCUAACUAUUUUCAAUAGCAAAUGGCUGCGUAUAUUAUUCCAAUAUCUGUUUUAAACAGAGGGCAACACAUUUUUUUUUUUUUUUUUAAGUGCAAAGAAAAUUAUAAUAAUAAAACAGCCGUGACCUUACUAGCAUUAGGAAAAAUAUUCUAUAGAUAAAUAUAUAUAUAUAUAAAAAAAUAUAAUUAUUUUUUUGGUCUUUGUGUCUGCAUCCCUAGGUAUAACAAUUGUAAAUCUUGCACAACUCAAAACAAAAACAAUAAAAUAGGUUAUUCUCAUCCUGUAAUUUCCAUUAAAGUACAGCAAUUUUUGGCCAUGCAGAGUAGGCAGGCAGUAGCAUCCAAUAGAUCAUUGUUUGGGCAUCUUUAUUAUUUUAAUUUGUAAAAGUACUCUCUAUGUGCAAGUGACUGUGUAACUGAAGCUCUUGCAGACUGGCUGACUUGCCUGUAACUGGUCUGUGCUUUUUUUUCCCUUUCUACUAACACGUUUAACCGGUACACAAACGCUGCCGUAUAUUUUUGCUUAAUUUUAAACAAACAAAAAAAAAAUGAAUGUCAAGCUCUAAAAACUGUAACAUUUGAUAAUGUUAGAUGGUAUUUUUGAAUUUAGUGCACCCCUUUUCCAAAGGGAUAUUUAGUCUUACAAAUCUAAAACCUGUUUUCUCGUUAAGAUGCAUAUUAUCACUGGCAAAAACCGUGGCUUGAUGACUCUACGGCUUUUUAAAGGGAUCUGUCUGGCGUACCUGACCGGGCAAAUGUUUUAUAAAAGCUUUUUCUGUGUUUUUAUUUUUUUAAAAAAGCUCAUGGUUAUUUAGUACUUUUCAUUACACGCUAGGAAAUAAUUUUAAAGAGUUACUAAGCAGAUGGUAUAUUUAAGAGAACGGUAAUGCAUAGUUUAAUUGAUUGGUAACAUUAGUUUUAAUUACACCCACCUCAGUGUGGAUGGGUUCUAAAGGCAUGGAGGCAAAAACAGAAAAAUAAAUAAAGCUUAUUUUAAAAUA